UUACCCUUUUGGCUUCAAUUACUUUCUCCGUUCCUUCUGAAUCCAAAGAAGAAGAAUUUUACUGGUAUCAUGUCAUGUAUAUGAUUAAUAGCACUAAAAUUGCGGAUUUUGUCGUCCCCAAGGAUCAUAUGAAAAAAUAUG